AUGGAAAAUUAUUUGAAUCAGAACUUCCAUGCGGUGAAGUCGAAGCAUUCAUCGGAUGAGGUGUUGCAGAAAUGGAGGAGUUUGUGUCAUGUUGUUAAGAACCCUAAGCGACGAUUUCGUCACACGGCUAACCUCUCCAAGCGUAAUGAGGCUGCCGCUAUGCGACGCACCAAUCAGGAGAAGUUGAGGAUUGCAGUUUUGGUGUCAAAGGCUGCAUUUCAGUUUAUAAAAGGAGCAAACAAUAGUGACUACAAGGUUCCUGAUGAAGUAAAAGAAGCCGGUUUUGACAUCUGUGCUGACGAAACGGGCUCUCUAGUCGAAGCCCACGACACUAAAAGGCUAAAAUUCCAUGGUGGAGUUGAAGGCCUUGCACAAAAGCUCAAAACAUCAACCACUAAUGGGCUCUCAGUUGACAACAACGGGUUGGCCCGCCGACAAGAAGUGUUCGGAAUCAACAAGUUCGCCGAAAGCCCACAAAGAAGCUUUUGGGUGUUUGUAUGGGAAGCCCUUCAUGAUAUGACCCUUAUGAUCCUUGCAAUGUGUGCUUUUGUUUCUUUAGUUGUUGGCAUAGCAACAGAAGGGUGGCCCAAAGGCGCUCACGACGGGCUCGGGAUUGUUGCAAGUAUAUUACUAGUGGUUUUUGUAACCGCAACGAGUGAUUAUCGCCAAUCGUUACAGUUUCGGGAUUUGGAUAAAGAGAAAAAGAAAAUAUCUAUUCAAGUUACUAGAAGUGGGUAUAGACAAAAGUUGUCAAUAUAUGAACUACUUGUUGGUGAUAUUGUACAUCUUGCUAUUGGAGAUCAAGUUCCAGCUGAUGGGCUUUUUGUUUCGGGUUUUGCGGUCUCGAUUGAUGAGUCUAGUUUAACCGGAGAGAGUGAACCGAUCAUGGUGAGUGCGGAAAACCCUUGGUUAAUGUCGGGAACCAAGGUUCAAGAUGGGUCAUGCAAAAUGUUGGUCACGACCGUGGGGAUGAGAACUCAAUGGGGAAAACUUAUGGCGACGUUAAGCGAAGGUGGAGACGACGAAACGCCAUUGCAAGUUAAGCUUAACGGUGUAGCAACUGUCAUUGGAAAGAUAGGAUUAUUCUUCGCCAUUGUCACUUUCGCGGUUCUUGUUCAAAAGCUAUUAACGCGUAAGAUCAUUGAACGAUCUUACUGGAGUUGGUCGGGUGACGAUGCUUUAGAGUUAUUGGAGUACUUUGCUAUAGCGGUCACCAUUGUUGUUGUUGCGGUUCCUGAAGGGCUGCCACUUGCUGUCACGUUAAGCCUUGCAUUCGCGAUGAAAAAGAUGAUGAACGAUAAGGCGCUCGUUCGCCAUCUGGCAGCGUGCGAGACUAUGGGGUCAGCGACAAGUAUAUGCAGUGAUAAAACCGGCACACUAACAACCAACAAAAUGACCGUCGUCAAAUCAUGCAUUUGUUUAAACAUACAAGAUGUUAACAAACAAGCGAAACUCGACAUCCCGGAUAAAGCACUAAAGAUCCUUCUACAAUCGAUAUUCACCAACACCGGCGGAGAAGUAGUUAACAACAAAGAAGGUAAACGCGAGAUACUAGGAACACCAACCGAGGCUGCGAUCUUAGAAUUUGGGUUGUCGCUUGGUGGUGAUUUUCAAGCCGAACGCCAGGCGUCCACAGUUCUUAGAGUCGAGCCGUUUAACUCGUCUAAAAAACGAAUGGGCGUGGUUUUAAAGCUUCCGGAUGGUGGUGCAAGAGCUCAUUGUAAAGGCGCUUCGGAAAUAAUAUUAGCGGCGUGUACUAAAGUGAUCAACGCGGAUGGAGAAGCGGUUGAGCUUAAAGAAGGGUCGCUUAACCAUUUAGAGAGUACAAUUGACCAAUUUGCUAGUGAAGCUCUUAGAACUCUUUGUCUUGCUUAUAUAGAUUUAGAGAAGAGUGUGAGUGCCGAUACUCCGAUUCCGUCGUCAGGGUAUACUUGUAUAGGGAUUGUCGGUAUCAAAGAUCCGGUCCGUCCAGGUGUCAAGGAAUCGGUUGCUCUUUGUAGAUCAGCUGGUAUAACCGUGCGUAUGGUAACCGGGGAUAAUAUACAUACUGCAAAUGCCAUAGCUAGAGAAUGUGGAAUACUUAGAGAUGGCGGUAUAGCAAUCGAAGGUCCAGUUUUUCGUGAGAAGAGCCUUGAGGAGUUGGAUGAACUUGUUCCCAAGAUUCAGGUGAUGGCUCGAUCUUCACCUUUAGAUAAGCAUACACUGGUGAAACACUUGCGGACCACGUUUGGGGAGGUUGUGGCAGUCACUGGUGACGGGACAAACGAUGCCCCAGCGCUUCAUGAAGCGGAUAUUGGGCUUGCUAUGGGCAUUGCAGGAACUGAGGUAGCGAAAGAGAGUGCUGACGUUAUAAUUCUGGAUGAUAAUUUUUCCACAAUCGUUACGGUUGCCAAGUGGGGGCGAUCGGUGUAUGUUAACAUUCAAAAAUUCGUACAAUUCCAGUUGACCGUCAACAUUGUUGCCUUAAUGGUCAACUUCACAUCAGCUUGCUUGACAGGGAGCACACCCCUGACAGCGGUCCAACUGUUAUGGGUAAACAUGAUCAUGGAUACAUUGGGAGCACUCGCACUUGCUACCGAGCCUCCAAACAAUGCACUAAUGAAGAGGACUCCAGUCGGAAGACAAGGCAACUUCAUCAGCAAUGUUAUGUGGAGAAACAUAUUUGGGCAAUCUUUGUACCAAUUUAUAGUCAUUUGGCUACUUCAGGCAAAAGGCAAAUCAUUCUAUGGCCUUUAUGGACACAAUUCAGAUCUGAUCCUCAACACACUCAUAUUCAACUCAUUCGUCUUUUGUCAGCUUUUCAAUGAGGUUAACUCUAGAGAGAUGGAGAAAGUAAACGUGUUAAACGGGAUAUGGAAGAACAACGUGUUUGUGAGUGUCGUGAGUGCAACCGUCGUGUUCCAGGUCAUCAUAAUCGAGUUUCUAGGUACGUUUGCGAGUACAUCUCCGUUGACAAUGAAACAAUGGUACUAUAGCGUUUUAACUGGAUUUUUGAGCAUGCCGAUUGCGGUAGUGUUGAAGAUGAUCCCGGUUUGAGUUAGAAGCUUAUUCUUUUAAUCAAGGUGUUAGUUGUGUGGUCUAACAGAGAAUAUAUGAAAAGGAGAAUGCCUCACAUUUGGACUUCCUUCUUCCACACAUCUUUCCCAUCAUAUUCACUUUUAUCUUCCUCUUUUUUUAAAGUAGAAUUUGCAUCUUUAAAGUAGCUUGUUACUUAACUGUGAAGCUUAUAUCUUCCAUACCAUAUUUGUGGUUGAUAAUGCCAACUUUGUUUAGGUUCAUUGUACUCAAAAUUUAAUUAUGGAAAGUAAUAGAGAUUUGUUUUUAUCAAAAUAAA